AACCAUUCUUUCCAGAACCGUCCUCGGCAGCGGAGGUGUCUCGUCUCUUCUUGUUCCAACCCGAUUCUCAAGCGGACUCCCGCACCCUGUUCUUCUCGUCAAUGGCGUCGGCGGUGUGGAGAAGGGCUGUCCUAGAAGCCUCGGGAGCCGCCGCCGCCGCCGCCGCCCCGUCCUUCUUGUGGUCGCCAAUCCCUCGCCGGCGGUGGUUCUCGAGCGCGCCCCGGAGGUUCGCGGCGCUGUGGGGGAACGGGGAUCAUGGGAGGUUGGGGCUGGGUAGCCUGGAGUCGCGGUGGAGGCCCACGAUCUGCCCCUUCUUCCAAGAAGAUCUUCCAGUCUCGAUCGCAUGUGGCGGUGCCCACACCCUUUUCUUGACUGAAAGUGGUCGUGUUUAUGCAACUGGACUGAACGACUUUGGACAAUUGGGUGUAAAAUCUGUCAAAAGUCAUACACUAGAGCCUGUUGAAAUUUUAGGACUUCCUGAAAAAGUUGCACAUAUUUCAGCUGGUUACCAUCAUUCCUGUGCUGUUACUGAAAAUGGAGAACUCUUCGUUUGGGGGAAAAACUCUAGUGGGCAGCUUGGUCUUGGAAAAAGGGCAGAAAGUAUAGUCUCCACCCCUAUUAGGGUUGAUUGCUUGGUUGGCAUCCGUGUGCAAGUAGCUGCAUUGGGUUUGGAGCACUCCAUUGCCAUCACAGAUGAAGGCAAUGUCUUGAGUUGGGGAGCAGGUGGCUUGGGUAGACUUGGUCAUGGACAUCAAUCCAGAAUUUUUGGAUUCUCAAUAGACUCAAGGUUUGAUGAAUAUACUCCAAGACUAGUCAAGAACCUUGAAGGAGUUAAGGUCAAGCGUAUUGCUGCAGGAAUGUUGCAUUCGGCCUGCAUUGAUGAACGAGGUUCUGUUUUCUUAUUUGGGGAAAGGACAACUAAUAAACUGAGCUUUGGAGCAGCAAAAUAUGCAUCCACGCCAUAUGCUGUUUUAGAUCUUCCAUUUUCAGAAGAAGUUGCUUGUGGUGGUUAUCACACUUGUGUUGUGACAAGUGAAGGAAAACUAUACACAUGGGGAUCUAAUGAGAAUGGCUGCCUUGGUCUUGGUGGCACGGAGGUGGUCAAAACUCCAGAAAGUGUUGAAAGUUCUUUUCUAAUGUUCCCUAUAACUGAGGUAUCUUGUGGUUGGAAGCACACAGCUGUCAUUUCUGGUGGCAAUAUCUUCACAUGGGGGUGGGAGGUGCUAGUGGAACAUUUUUGAAGAUGGUCAUUCAUCUGGAGGACAACUACUCUUUUCUCGCAUAUAUUGUGUUCACUUCAUGCUGGUUUUGUCCUGUGAAUACAAACACCGAUCAAAUUUCAGGGACAUGGAAAUGAUGUUGACUACUUUGAACCCAUGAUGGUGAACAUUGGUCAACAUGUCAAAGCUUUGCAUGUGUCAUGUGGAUUCAAUCACUCUGGUGGAAUUUUUGAGUAUAAUGAAUUCUGAGAGGAUUACAGCAUUCCUACAAGCUCCACCACCAUUAAAAGGCAAUUGCAGAUAUAACCUUCUCUUUGUAUCUACAGAUCAUGUAGAGAAAGCAGCCUCAUGAGAUAAUAUGAUGUGUGCCAAGCUACAAGUACCCAUGUAAAUUAAAAGCUACUCUCUGCAUGAGUAAUGAAAGAGGCAUAGAUUUUUAUGCGACACGUACAACUAGGAAUGAAUGAAAGCUUCCGUGGUGUGGUUCUUGCA